UUUUCUUAUUCCAUUUGCUAAUCGCUCUAAACGUAGCCCGAGAUCCUUUUAUAUAGCCUGGAUCUUUCGUUUUACAAUCAGUUUUGUGCGAACAUUUCACCAAGAUGAUUUUCAUUUGUGUUUUCGCUCUACUCAUUCACAUUUCCUCUCAGGAAUUGAACAAAGUGGAACCUGCAACGGCAAAGGGACAAAAUAAUUUGUCUAGUGUUAACUUCAUCUAUUUCUAUGGUCCUCCACCAAAUGCCGAGCAGAUAAGAACUGUUAGAGAAGUUUUAAAAAAUGAAGAUGGAGAAAUAAAAAUUGCCAAUCCUGUGGUUAGAUAUUUGGUGGCGCCUGAACGAAAGACAGAAAAACUGAUGGAAGGUGAAUCAAAUCAGCACACUCCCCCACAUAAUCACAUCAUUGGUUUAUUACGAAAGAGGAGGAGCGCAUCACCUACCUUCAAAAAAGGUUAUAAGAGUAGUGGAGGAGGUGGUGGAGGUGGUGGAGGUUGUUGCAAUUCUUGUGGACAAUGUGGAGGUGGAUGCAGUGGAGGCGGAUGUGGUGGAGGCGGUGGACACAGUGGAUCAUACAGUCAAUCCACAUCUUACUCCUCAUCUUCCAGUGGCAGUUACAAUUCAUACGGAAAGAAGAAGUAAUGACACCUAAUGAAAUCCCAACUUCAACAUGAAGAAGUCAUCAGCAAGCCAAAUGCAAAAAUCGAAAAAAUUCAUCAAAAUUGAAUGAGAUUUUAUUUAUUUUAUAUUUUUAAUGAUUGCUUUUAUAUUUCCUUAAGUUUUAGAUACUUGUAUGUACUAUCCAAUUCGUAGACUUUAUAUUCAAAAAUAUAAUAUUGUAUUAUGCAGGUGAACUAAAUGAAAUGGAAAAUAAAGAGCUUUUAAUUAU